GAUGGAAAUUCUUUUAUGUGACGCUCUAUUCAUUAGGUAUUUCCUGUCCAAAGUGACACUAUCUUCCCAGAGGAUAAGGGAUAUGAAAAAACCAUGAUUAUCCUGAACAGGUUGGGUCACCGUACGCCAGGUUUGUUGUAGCAAUUGAUGAUGAGUGGAAACUAACAGAGCAUGGCGAAUAUUUCGCAACCCAUAAGGAUUUGAGGAAGUGCUCCCACAGACUUCACCUCCGUUCGUAUUGACAAAACAUUCAUAUGGAUUUAUUUCUAAAGAAAAGAAAGGUGCGGAACAACAGCAAAACACAAUGUUCUACAGUGUUACCAUAUGCGCUCAAAAACAGUCAUUUGGUAUUUUCAAAUUUCCGCUUUUCACGAGUUAGAAUUCAGCAUUCUGAGAAACUUUCGACGCCUUAAGGAAAGAGAAAAUUAUCGUGCGAAAGCCUCUUUCGUGGAUGUUGCUUCAAGCCAUGAACAACAGGGGUUCAGAAGCUCUGUUCCAAGCGAGCUCGUCGUGCAAACUUCGUCUCGUGCGCAUGCUUGUGGAAGGAGGAACCUCAGUCAACGUUCGUAACGAGCGUCAGGAGACACCGCUAAUGCUAUGCUGUCAAUCCAAGACGGACAUCGAUGAGAAAAAUCGAGUUUUGAGUUACUUACUCAGCCAACAAGCCAAGGUAAACUUGCAAGACGUCGACGGUCGGACAGCUCUGAUAUACGCUUGCAUUUCAAACUCUGGAAAAGGAAUCAUCCAGGCUUUGAUGGAUGCAAAGUCUAAUCCAUGGAUGGAAGAUAUCAGCAAAAAUACAGUGUUUGAUUAUGUAAUGAAUGCUGGGGAUUUGGAGACCACGAGACUUUUAAUUAAUGCUUGUCGUGAAAACAUGGAAAUACGAGGAAGUUUUCAAAUGGAAAACUUAGAAGAAUGCCUUGCUAAUAUGCAGGAGAUUCGCAAAUUCUCCUGGCCAUUGAUGGGCCCUAGGUCACGGAGAAAUCACAUGAACUUGUAUGCUGCUGAGAAAGAAGACUCUUCCAUCUCCAGCGGAAAUCUCUUGGGCGCUGAUUUAGGGGGUGACGGCGAAAAUCCUCAACCUGAGCGACGAAGGAAAAGAUCUGUGUGUCACUUUGAUCCGCUCGAUAUUCAAGAAAUAUUAAAUUGCUCAGAACAGGCUGAUACAAAUAAAUCAAAUACAGAAAGGGAGCAAGAAGGUAAAGCCGAAUUAGAGGAGAAGCGAAAAACUUCUGUUCGUUCACUUUCAGAGGAGGAGAGGUUCAAUGUUCAGAUUUCUGAUACAGAAACCUUGCCGCGUGACCCUUCAUCUGGGCUUGAAAAACUGCUAAAGUUACACGAUUCAUUCGGUUCUUCUGAUUCAAACGAGUACCCUUGCUCAACAAGUGAUAGUCACAGUAAUUCAUUGACGACAGCUAGCUUCUCUUGUGCGAAUCUACACUCUCGGAAAGAGGAAAACUUGAUGCAAGAAACUGGUUUUCCAAGUUUAGAAAAGAUAGAAGAUAUCACAAGCGACAGCGUACCAAAGAUGCCUGAAGGCGAUUAUAAGAGUGAAAACGCUAGAUCAUUCGCAGGUGAUGAAACACAUAAAUCUGCUCAUUCAAACGAGAAGAAUAGAACAGAAAACCCUGACGAGCAGGAAAAACUUUUCAUAGCUCGCAAUUUCUCUAUGAGUGUGAUGCACAACGAGAACUGCUCAUCAUUUGCCGAGGCCUCUAUUCAAAGUCUAAGGCAUGUUAAUAUGGACUCCGCCGUGGAUAGGGCUUUUUUGGAAAACGCAGAAAACAGGUCAAACCGGAUUGUAUCUCCCGUAACCAGUCAGCAGUCGUCUCCCGUUUUGAGCCCCAUAGCAUCUCCAAGAGUAACUCGUCGUCAAACAACUGCACUAACGUUUAAACAAACCACGGCAGGCCCUCGUACGUCUCCUGUGCCGCCUAUUUUCGACAACAAUCAACAAGAAGCAGGAGCACCCAUUGUUAGACGGUACACUCUAUCUGCAGUGGACAUGGGCAAGUUACAAAACACGGCUGGUAUCAUGACACUCUUAACACCGCCGACACACUCUUCCACUGCUGAAAUUGACACCAGGAGGGUAGGGCUGGAGGGAUGUUUUGCCCCUCCUGGGCUGAGGAAGAGCAAGAGCGAUCUCACAGAUUGGAUGUCCAUUUCACGCAAUUUACAGGGUAAAGAGUUUGUAGAAAUCGGGCCAAGUCCUGGGCCAAGCAUUCAAAGCUUUCAGCAGCAUGUCGGCAACAACAAGGAAGGAAGCGAUACUGCCGAGUUCCAGUUACCCAGUAUAAAGAAAGGAAGCCGUUCAAUGAUCAUUACUACCACAGAAGGCAAACCUCAGAAUGCUGAACACAGAAUGGAAUUGGCAUUACCAUGGCCAAAUAAUGCCGACAAACAACGUUUGUGCUUCUCUGGUCAGGAAUUGUCUUUGGAUGAUCAAAGACGAUCGCCGAGCCCCGGACGCACCUCGCUUCCUUCAUCACCAAAAGACCUGACAGUCGCAUCAACAACUGGCACCUGUGACGCCGUCGCUACAGCCAAAGCAGCUGAUUUGUCGCCGCCAAGGGGCUCAGAGAACUCAUCGGGAGAUGUGCUUCCAGACCUUCUUUUAAACUCUCCCACGAGAGCACACUACACAGAGGAAAAUAAUUCCAAGUUGGGGGAAAGCGUAAAAGUAAAUUCAACGAAUUUCAACCUCAGAAAUAUCAAAGACGCCCUUGCCUCGAAUUCAAACGUUUCUGAGGAUCGCAACGCUGCUUCACCUCCCAACCAGCAGCGAGUUAGUCCCAGACUCCGCUCAGCCACACUUCUACCACCGCUGACAAUUUCCAACAGGCGAUCGCCGACACAUGACCUGGAAGAUGGUUAUUUUUCAGGCUCACCUUCACCAGCGGAUGUGGAAAGUCCAAGAAGAAAAUCAAGCAGUGAGUAUCUGCGGUAUUCAUUUCGACCAAUAUCCCCCCGUUCCCCAAUUCGCUCACCAAAGUUUAACACGGGAAAAUCAUCUCAGCCACGUUAGAGCUAGGUAGUCUAUGGAAGGUUUGGCGCCUGUGAUCGAUAUAUUCCAAGCCAUGACUGACUUACAACUGCAGAAAUAGUUUGUUGAAUAAAGUGGACGAAAAUGACCUAAAUUACUGCAUAUUGAUAGAAGACGAGAAAAGUUUCAUCGCUUAGAUCAGGAUUGUAAAUCACUCAAAAUGAAACAAGUUAAACAAUAUCAGCAAUAAAAUCUUACUAAUAAUGAAA